CUAAACUAUCGUCAAGUGAAGUGAAACGUCGUAAAAACUAAACAUGGCCGCCUCGAUGACAGGACGUGGAGCCGGCUUGCUCAGACAUCUGUCGGGCCUGCUGCAUUCGAGGUUCCCGUUUGUGGUGGGGGGCCCCCAGCAGCUGUCAUGUCUGCACACUGGGGUGUCGCUGCAGGCGAAAUUGUGGGAGCGGAAGAACAGGAAGGUUUACCCUCCUCAGCUGCCGGACGAGCCGCGCAGACCCGCGGAGGUCCAUCACUGCAGGAGACAGAUCAAAUACAGCAAAGACAAGAUGUGGUACCUGGCCAAGAUGAUCCGAGGGCUCAGCAUCGAUGAGGCCAUCGCUCAGCUGCAGUUCAAUGACAAGAAGGGAGCCAAGGUCAUGCGAGAGGUGCUGCUGGAGGCUCAGGAGAUGGCGGUGAGGAAUCACAACGUGGAGUACAAAUCCAAUCUGUAUGUCGCGGAGUCCUACUCUGGCAAAGGAAUGUACCUGAAACGGAUCCGCUACCACGGCAGAGGAAUGUUCGGCAUCAUGGACAAAGUUUACUGUCACUACUUUGUCAAGCUGGUGGAGGGUCCGCCUCCCAAGACGGAAGAGAAGAGCAGUCUGGACCAGGCUCAUGAGUACAUCCAGGGUCUGAGACGUCGCACCAUCAUCCACAGCCUGUAGAGGCUUCAUCUUGUGGUUUUUUUUUGUAAAUAAAAGGAUACUAGCUGGU